AUGACCGACUUCGAGGGGAGCAUAAUAACAGAAUGGCGAGAUAUCCAUAACCGGUCGAAGAUCACGGCGGAAAUCCCAGAACAGUUCAAAUCAAGAGCAGUUAUUGUGAUGCCUGCCACGAGACGUCACACAAUUGUUCAUGGAUUGAAUGAAGAAGCAGGAGAAGGUACCAGCCAUGUGCCACCUGCCCCUAUGGGCCAACGUGAGCCUCGGGAUGAGGUUGAUAGUCAGGUGCAAGAUGCAGAAGAGAAGCCUCCAACCCUUCAAUCGGUUCCGGUUUUUAGUGAAUUCCCCGAUGUGUUCCCUGACGAGCUCCCAAUUAUUCCACCCAAGAUAGAUAUUGAGUUUGCCAUUGAUGUGCCACCAGACAUGCAACCAAUAUCUAUUCCUCCAUAUAGGAUUUCUCCUAGCUCUAAGUAUUUUGCAAAUAUCAAUCCCAGUUCUGGGUAUCAUCAGUUAAGGAUCAAGGAAGAAUAUGUUCCGAAGACAGCCUUUCGGACCAGAUAUGGCCAUUACGAGUUUCACCUUAUGUCCUUUGGCCUAACCAACACACCAGUGGCCUUCAUGGAUCUGAUGAAUGGAGUGUUCAAUCCAUUUUUGGAUAUUUUUGUGAUCAUGUUCAUAGAUGAUAUCUUGGCAUAUUCUCGAUCAGAAGCGGAGCACGCAAAGCAUUUGCGAGUAGUUUAA